AUGCCUGUAGCUGGUGCUUUAUGCACGUCAUCCCUUGGAUGGUCAUCUGUCUAUUACUUACACGCCGUAAUUACCUGUAUUCUGUUUCUGCUGUUCCUCUAUUUCUAUAGAGAACAACCGCAAAUACAUGCGUUUGUAUCUGCCAAAGAAUUGGAUCGUAUCAAACGUAACAAAGGGGAUACAAACGAGAAGGAGCCACUGCCCGUCAAGGCUAUUGUAACGUCAAACGCUAUUAUUGCCGUAUGGAUCUCAGCUAUCGCUAAUUUCAUGGGCAUCCAGGUCACUAUGCAGUUCUCACCAAUCUAUCUUAACAAGGUUAUGGGUUUCCCAGUGGAACAAACUGGUCUGUUCAGCGCGAUACCGCAGAUUGUGACAUUCGCGUUGAAGAUGUUCGCCGGCGUUCUAGCCGAUAAGGCCACAUGUUGCCGACCGGUCACUUCUGUCAAGAUCUUCAAUCUUCUGGCCAUUGGAGGCAUGGGAAUCGCGUUCUUCAUACUUGCCGUCAUACCCGACGGUUAG